AUGAUGUUCUCGCUCCCCUCCCUGGCGCUCGCCAUCUUCUCGGCUGCCACCUACGCAUCCGCGCAAUCUGACAUCCCCCUUUCCAACUCAUUGCAAAAGAUCCUCUCCCAGUCCGACAAGGGCAUGUACACCUACCCCACCUCCCUAACCCAGGGCAUCAUCCCCAAGCCCUUCCACAGCCAUAACGACUACUGGCGUCCCGUCCCCUUUUAUUCCGCUCUAUCGCACGGCGCUAUCAGCAUCGAGGCUGACGUAUGGCUGUAUAAUGAUACCUUGCACGUCGGACACGAGGAAAGCGCGUUGACGGCAAACCGUACGUUGAAGAGUCUGUACAUCGAUCCUCUAUUGUCGGUCCUACGCGCGCAGAACCCGGAUAGCGAAUUUAUUACCGAUGGGAAGCCGACCAGGAAUGGGGUGUUUGAUACCAAUAGCGGGCAGACGACGUUCCUGUUCAUCGACGUCAAGACCGAGGGUGCCGAGACAUUUUCCUAUGUCAUCAAAGCGCUGCAACCGUUGCGCGACGCGGGGUAUUUGACCGUUUUCAACGGAUCGACCGUCAUUCCUGGACCGGUUACUGUUAUCGGGACGGGGAACACGCCGCUGAACCAAAUCCAGGGUGUAGCACCUAGGGAUUACUUUUUUGAUGCGCAGUUAUCGACGCUGAGGACGGCGCAGAAGAAUAUUACCGCGGAGGUCAGUCCCAUUGCGAGUACGGACUUCUCGGGCAAGAUUGGGGAGGUCAAGGGAGGGGCUUUAAGUGAGGAGCAGUUAGAGGUUUUGAGGGGGCAGAUCGAGGAGGCGCAUGCGAAGGGGAUUAUGGUUAGGUAUUGGGAUUUGCCUGGGUGGCCGGUAAGGACAAGGGAUGUGGUGUGGAGGACAUUGUGGGACGAGGGGGUUGAUCUGUUAAAUGUGGAUGAUUUGGAAGCUGUGGCUAAUUUUUGA